AUGACGACCCAGCCCCCCUUCCGCGCAGUCUACAAGACCAUAGGUCAGCAAGAGAUCGAUGUGGAUGUCUACGUGCCCCCGCCGGCGGAGGCCAAGGCAUCGCAUCCGGUUGUCAUCAACAUCCAUGGAGGAGCCUUCAUGCUAGGCUCGUCAAAGAUGGUCAACAGAGACCAAGUAAAUGACUGUCUCAGCAGAGGAUGGAUCGUCUUGGCUCCUAAUCACCGGCUCUGUCCCCAAGUCUCCUUGCUCGAUGGACCCAUGAGGGACUGCCGUGACCUUCUUGCUUGGGUGUACGAUGGCAGUCUGCAAAAGGCCGUUGAUAUCCAAGCUGAGGGGUCAUAUGCUAUUGAUACUGAUCACGUAUUUGCGUUUGGAACUUCAUCCGGCGGCACACUCUCGCUUAGCUUGGGGUUUGGGGUUCCCCGUCCUGUCGCUGGAAUUUACGACAUGUAUGGCCCAAGCAACUUCACAGAUCCGUUCUGGACAAAGAAGCUCGAACACGUCGCCGCUAGACUUCCCUCAGGUCUGACUGAGGAGUUCCUAAACAAAGUGUUUGAUGAGGACCCAGUGCCUAUUCUGGGUGGCGUUUCCCUCGAGGGACAGGCCCCGGGUCCUCCGAACUUUGACGACCCACGACAGGCGUUCGCCAUGACGCAAAUCGCCAAUGGCAACGUCAUGAACACGAUAGUCCCAUCCCAUAAUUGGGACGAGGUUGACCCCAUAAGAAACAUCAGCGCGUCCUUCCCGCCGACGUUCAUAGUCCACGGGCAAGCGGAUACAAUGGUCUCCAUUGAUCUAAGCAGGGCGCUGUUUAAGACUCUGCAAGAAAAGGGGGUCAAAUCUGACUUGAGGGAAAUUCCGGGCGAGGAACAUACCUUUGCCGCCAAGAUGAAAGUCGGAUCUCAGACUUGGAACCUCCAGCGCGAAGGCUUCGACUUCCUCGAGAGCUUGAUCAAAUGA